CUGAAAUGGAGACUUCUCAGAUUCGCCAGAACUACGACCGCGACUGCGAGGCUUUGAUCAACAAGAUGAUCAAUCUGGAGCUUUUCGCUUCCUACACUUACACUUCAAUGGCUUUCUACUUCAAACGGGAUGAUGUGGCUCUUCCUGGUUUUGCCAAGUUCUUCAAGGAGAACAGCAAGGAGGAGCGCGAGCAUGCCGAGAAAUUCAUGGAGUUUCAGAACAAGAGGGGUGGAAAAAUUGUCCUUCAGGACAUAAAGAAACCGGAGCGUGAUAUGUGGGGCAAUGGACUGAUCGCUAUGCAGUGCGCUCUUCAGCUGGAGAAGAACGUCAACCAGGCUCUGCUGGAAUUGCAUAAAGCCGCCUCUGAGAAGGGAGACCUUCAUAUGUGUGACUUCCUGGAGACUCACUACUUGAAUGAGCAGGUUGAGGCCAUCAAGAAGCUUGGUGACCACAUCACCAACCUUUCCAAGAUGGAUGCUGGAAACAACAGGAUGGCGGAGUACCUGUUUGACAACCACACCCUGGAAAGCUAAAUGCAGACCUCAGACCCUACAAAAAUGAAUAGAAAUACUAUUCUCUUAAAGAUGUUCUGAUCAAAUAGCUCUUGUACAAAUUUGUAAUGUUUGAGAGGUUGAAAGGUUAACAUCAAGUAAAGGUUGCUGUUACUAUUAUACAAUUAUGCAGCGUAAAAUUAUUAAAUAUUGUGAUUGUCAUUGAGCAAUGCUUAUGUUGAAUGGGCACUGACUGACGUAGUGAAUUUAAAUGAUGUUUUAUUAACAAAAUUCGGGAGGAGCAACGUUCAAAUAAUCUGACUAAUCAUCACGUCAUCUCGGCCAGCUGUCAGCAAUCAGUAGUCAACAUAUCUACCCAAUCAGCACAAGUGAAAGCAUAUAUAUAAGACACGGUCGACUCACCCAUAUUCCUCGACAGUUUGACAGCAUCCCUCCACCACCCCGUCUCCUCACACCUGCACUGGUUACUUUCCAGAAUACUAACCAGAAUGGGGGGAGUAAUCUGGGUUCGGGCCAAAAUACCGAGCUCGGAGCCCUCUCCUCGGACAGCACGCCAAAUACGCAUACUACUACGCAUACAUUUUUCUAUCUGAUUAUUUGUAAGUGUGAACUCGUGAAAUAAACAUUUUGAGCUGAAAAACUUGUCUUU